AUGUACAAUGCCAACCUCACCAACCAUAGAAAUGCUGUUUAUAUGGGUCAAAUCUCGUUAGGUACUCCACCUCAAAACAUCAGAGUCAUAUUUGAUACUGGUAGUACUAUACUAUGGGUACCGUCAGUCAAAUGUAAAUCAACCGGAGUACUAGUAAAUAAUUGCAAAACCGGGUCAAACCUGUUCAGUUUCCGAAAAUCGACCACUGCUUCUAACACAACAUACACAUUCGAAGAGAAGUAUGGUGCUGGGAAGGCCAAAGGAUGGGUUUUUGGGGACUUAUUGGCGGUGAGUGUACUGUAAUUUUUUGUCAACGUUAUAAUGAAGAAGUUCUUGUUACCUAAAAUACUACUUCUACUUCCAGUUUGGUGCCCCAGACACAAAACAUCUGAAAGUUCGUUCCAAAGUUCACUUUGGCCUAGCUACAAAAAUUGAGCACAGUGAUUAUGCCAUUUUCGGCCUGCCCUCCCAUGACUACUACAACCAAUAUGGCAAUGUCCACAAGUCCAUCUUCCAUCAGGCCUACUACGAGGGUCUCUUCAACAAUCCUAUCUUCACAAUCCACAUGAACCGAUGCAGCAUUAGCAAGUGUCGCAAGAGUGGUAAGAUAACAUUUGGUGAUGUGAUCGACAGAAUUGUGACAAUUCCAUUCAUUGGACUUCUGUUGAUUGCCGUAACCCUGGAUGGGCGUUCAGAGCGAAUGGGCUUAAGAUCAACAACAACGUGCAUGUGUUUAACACGGCUGUGGUCAGUGAUAGUGGUACUACCAAAAUUGUACUACCGACGGCAUUGUGUAACAAUGUUAUUAGGGAUUUGA